CAAAAUACAGACAGACCGACCACCACGAAAAAUGCCCCCCAAUCCCACCCCCUACACCUACGGAAACGCCAUCUACAGCAACGGCCUCUCCGACGAGCGCCCGCGCUUCCCCCCACACCCGCACGACUGGGAACCGACCGCCCAAGCGCGCCUCUCCGCCGACAGCUUCGGCUACCUGCACGGCUCCGCUGGCACCGGGCAGACGGACGAGAACAACCGCGCCGCCUUCCGCCGGUGGGGGAUCGCACCCUCGCGCCUCGUCGCCGCGGACUACCCGGAUUUACGGACGCAGCUCUUCGGCGAGGAAUACCCCUACCCGAUCGCCCUCGCCCCCGUGGGGGUGCAGAAGAUUUUCCACCGCGACGGGGAGGCGGCAGUCGCCCGUGCCGCGGCGGAGGACCACCUCCCCUACAUUCUCUCCACGGCGGCGUCGAUGAGUAUCGAGGAGGCGGCAGCAGCAAAUGGAGACCAAGGGCGACGGUGGUUCCAGUUGUAUUGGCCGGGCCAGGAGGAUAAUGCGAUCACGGCGAGUUUGUUGCACCGCGCGCAGGCGGCGGGGUAUACGGUGCUGGUGGUGACCCUCGAUACGUAUAUUUUAGGCUGGAGGCCCAGUGAUUUGGGGAAUGCGUAUAACCCCUUUCUGCGAGCGGAUAAUGUCGGGGUGGAAAUCGGGUUCUCGGAUCCCGUGUGGCGGAGGCGGUUCAGGGAGCAGCACGGGAUGGAAGUAGAGGAGGAUCUGGGCACGGCGGCGAAGGAGUGGGCGCAGACGGUGUUUCCGGGGAAAAGUCAUGGGUGGGAGGAUCUGCAGUUCUUGAAAGAGCAUUGGAAGGGUCCUAUUGUCUUGAAGGGGAUUCAGACGGUGCGGGAUGCCCAGUUGGCGGUGCAGCAUGGCAUGGAUGGGAUUGUAGUGUCAAAUCAUGGGGGCCGGCAGCAGGAUGGCGGCGUCGCCUCGUUGGAUGUCUUGCCGGAGAUUGUUGAUGCCGUGGGCGAGCAGAUCGAGGUCUUGUUCGAUUCGGGCGUGCGCUGUGGCGCGGAUAUCGUCAAGGCGUUGGCUCUCGGGGCCAAAAUGGUCUUGAUUGGCAGACCGUAUGUCUAUGGGUUGGCGAUGGGGGGUCAGGCCGGUGUGAGCCAUGUUUUAAAGUGUUUGCUGGGCGACUUAGAUCUGACGCUGCAUUUGUCUGGGGUGCCUUCGGUGAAGAGGGAGCAUUUGAACCGGUCGAUUCUGCGGGAGGUGAAGUAGUGGC